CAGCUCAUCGGCUCUUCAUCAGUAUGAGUUUGUUCAGAUGAGGAUGAACUGCACUGAUGCUCAGAGAUACUGCCGUGAGAACUACAGUGAUCUGGCCUCCAUUGACAACAGCGCCGACGUGACCGAGCUGCUGAAGAUCAUGGCCAAAUCUGCUGAUAAUGCCGUCUGGAUCGGGCUGAUGGAGACCCUCAGGAGUGAAUGGAAGUGGUCUCUGGGAGACCCUGCGUUUUACACUGCUCAUGAUUUACUGUUUCGCAACUGGGCAUCGAAUCAGCCGAACAAUGGUUCAUAUUACUGUGCUUAUAUGAGUCAGGACGGACUGUGGCAUGAUGACAGCUGUAAUAACCAAAGGUCUUUCAUCUGCUACAAUGACAGCAGUAAAGGAUUCGUCCUUGUGCAGCAGUCGAUGACCUGGAGAAAUGCUCAGAGCUUCUGCAGAGCGAAUCACACGGAUCUGAGCAGCGUGAGGAGCCAGAGUGAGAACCAGCAGAUUCAGCAGCUCAUAAACACUGGAGUCUGGAUCGGUCUGUUCAGAGACUCAUGGGAAUGGUCCGACAAGAGUACAUCCUCGUUUAGAAACUGGGCACCCACUGAACCCCAAAGCAAUGAAAACGCCACUGUGCUAGUGCAGAGUGGAUCAAGAAGGGGAAAGUGGGAGGACUGGCCAUGUAAUUCACAAUUUGCCUUCGUCUGUCAAGAUCAGUUCAUACUCAUCAAGCAGAAUCUGAGCUGGAGUGAAGCCAUGACGUACUGCAGACAGAACCACGUGGACCUGGUGUCGGUGCCCAGCCCUCAGAUCGAGCAGCGGGUGAUGAACGUGGCGAGAAGAGCCUCGACGGCGGCCGUGUGGAUGGGUUUGCAUCACUACUGCAGCAUGAACAUGUGGCUGUGGCUGUGUGGCGAGGUGGUCUGUUAUCAGAACUGGGCCGCGGGGAGCGGCACCAGAGCGCACGACUGCCGCGAGCAAAGAGCCGGAGCUAUUCAGUCGGCUGGAGAUCAGCGCUGGGUCAGCCUUCCUACGACCAUCAGGCUCAACUUCAUCUGCACCAACUCUGAGCCUUGAGUGUGUGU